AUGUUUUCCAGUGGGAUAGGAACUGUAGCUGCUGGAAAAAGGAGGGCAUGUCUUCUGUCCUUGCUGCUCAUUGGCCUCUGGGGCUGUGUGACCUGUCGCUGGAGCCCCGUGGAGGACAUCUGCACAGCCAAGCCUCGGGACAUUCCUGUGAAUCCCAUGUGCAUUUAUCGGUCUGCAGAGAAGAAGGCAGUCGAGGAUGAGGGCGAGGAGCAGAAGAUCCCCGAGGCCACCAACCGGCGAGUCUGGGAACUGUCCAGAGCCAAUACGCGCUUCGCCACCGCCUUCUAUCAGCACCUGGCGGACUCCAAGAAUGACAACGAUAAUAUUUUCCUAUCGCCCCUGAGUAUCUCCACAGCUUUUGCUAUGACCAAGCUGGGAGCCUGUGACAACACCCUCAAGCAGCUGAUGGAGGUUUUUAAGUUUGAUACCAUCUCCGAGAAGACGUCUGAUCAGGUGCACUUUUUCUUUGCCAAACUGAACUGCCGACUCUAUCGAAAAGCCAACAAGUCCUCUGAGUUGGUAUCGGCCAACCGCCUUUUUGGAGACAAAUCCCUUACCUUCAAUGAGACCUAUCAGGACAUCAGUGAGGUGGUGUACGGAGCCAAGCUCCAGCCCCUGGACUUCAAGGAAAAUGCAGAGCAGUCCAGAAUGUUCAUCAACAAAUGGGUAUCCAAUAAGACCGAAGGGCGUAUCACUGAUGUCGUGCCACAGGAUGCCAUCAACGAGCUCACGGUCCUGGUGCUGGUCAACACCAUUUACUUCAAGGUACUCAAAAUGGCCCUGGAGAGACCCAGAGGACUUCCUCUUGUCCUCCAGCUCACCUCAUUCUCCUAUGGAGGGUUUUGGUCUUCUCGCUGUGAUUCUCCCACUUGCUGUCUCCCUCCCCCAACCCCCGCCAACCCCCAGGGCCUGUGGAAGUCAAAGUUCAGUCUUGAGAACACAAGGAAGGAACUGUUCUACAAGGCUGAUGGGGAGUCGUGUUUGGCGUCCAUGAUGUACCAGGAAGGCAAGUUCCGCUAUCGGCGAGUGGCCGAAGGCACCCAGGUGCUCGAGCUGCCCUUCAAGGGUGAUGACAUCACCAUGGUGCUCAUCCUGCCCAAGCCUGAGAAGAGCCUGGCCAAGGUGGAGCAGGAGCUCACCCCAGAGAUGCUGCAGGAAUGGCUGGAUGAGAUGGCAGAGACCCUGCUGGUGGUCCACAUGCCCCGCUUCCGCAUCGAGGACAGCUUCAGUGUGAAGGAGCAGCUGCAAGACAUGGGCCUUGUGGACCUGUUCAACCCUGAGAAGUCCAGGCUCCCAGGUAUUAUCGCAGAGGGCCGGAGCGACCUCUAUGUCUCACAGGCAUUCCAUAAGGCCUUUCUUGAGGUCAACGAGGAGGGCAGCGAAGCUGCAGCAAGUACUGUCGUCAGCAUCGCCGGCCGUUCGCUGAACUCCAGCAGGGUGACCUUCAAGGCCAACAGGCCCUUCCUCGUUCUCAUAAGGGAGGUUGCUCUGAACACUAUCCUCUUCAUGGGCAGAGUGGCCAACGCUUGUGAUCACUGAAGUGUUCUUUAUUUUUUGUACCUCUUCCUAUUUUGGUUUGUGACAGAAGUAAAAAUAAACACAACUACUCCCAGUUAUGAAUGGAUUUUGCCACAUGAAGUGAAGACAAGGGGAGGAGAAAUGGAUAGAGAUGCUGGUGGGCAUUUGGUCAAGCGAGCACUUUCAAUUGUUCUCUACCAGUGAGCACACCUGGGUCAGGAAAGUGAAGGAGGGGGGCGCCUGGCUGGGUUCAGUCAGCUAAGCCUCCCACUCUCGCUUUCAGCUCAGCUCAUGAUCUCAGGGUCGUGAGAUCGAGCCCCGAGGCCCACACAGGGCUCUGCACCUGGCAGAGUCUGCUUCUCUCUCUCCCUCUGCUCCCCCACCUCCACGCUCGCUGUGCACAUGCUCUCUCUCUUAAAAUAAAUAAAUAAAAUCUUAA